AUGCCGAGUGAAAUGAUUACUCUACAACUUGGCCAAUGUGGCAAUCAAAUUGGCUUUGAAUUUUGGAAGCAGCUUUGCAUAGAACAUGGGAUAUCUCCGGAGGGAAUAUUAGAGGAAUUUGCAUCUGCGGGUUCUGAUCGUAAAGAUGUGUUCUUUUAUCAAGCAGAUGAUGACCAUUACAUACCUAGGGCAGUGCUUUUGGAUUUGGAGCCUCGUGUCAUACACACAAUAAUGAACUCCCCUUACGCAAAGCUUUAUAAUCCAGAGAAUGUUUACUUAUCAAAGCAUGGUGGUGGGGCUGGAAACAACUGGGCAUCUGGUUAUGCUCAGGGUGAGAAAUUGAAUGAAGAAGUCUUUGAUAUCAUUAACAGAGAAGCUGAUGGAAGUGAUAACUUAGAGGGUUUUGUUUUGUGCCACUCCAUAGCUGGAGGAACAGGAUCAGGUAUGGGAUCAUACAUAUUGGAGCACCUUUCAGACAGAUUCCCUAAGAAGCUGGUACAGACAUACAGUGUGUUUCCUAACUUGGAUGAAAUCAGUGAUGUGGUUGUCCAACCGUACAACUCUUUAUUAACUUUAAAGAGAUUGACAGAAAGUGCCGACUGUGUGAUGGUGUUGGACAACACUGCUCUCAACAGGAUUGCUAGUGACCGAUUGCAUAUACAAAACCCAUCAUUUGCACAAAUUAAUACACUUGUGUCCACAAUUAUGAGUGCUAGUACAGCUACAUUGAGAUAUCCAUCCUACAUGAACAAUGACCUAAUAAGCCUAGUGGCUCCACUGAUACCAACUCCACGUUUACACUUCCUCAUGACUGGUUAUACUCCUCUCACAGCUGACCAUGAACUAAAUACUGCUCCAAAGAUUCGAAAGACAACUGUGCUGGAUGUAAUGCAGAGACUUCUUCAACCAAAGAACAUGAUGGUAUCACUGAGCCCCGAUAGAGCAAACCAACACUGCUACAUCUCCAUACUGAAUAUUAUUCAGGGAGAGGUAGACCCAUCUCAAGUGCAUAAGUCUCUACAACGCAUCCGCGAACGGAAACUGGCAUCGUUUAUUCCGUGGGGUCCAGCCUCCAUACAAGUAGCUUUGUCCCGUCGCUCGCCCUAUGUCACAGCGUCGCACAAAGUGUCUGGCCUUCUUCUUGCUAAUCAUACAAAUAUUUCUUCAUUGUUUGACCGGUGUCUGCAACAAUUCGAUAAACUGCGCAGGCGCGAGGCUUUUAUAGAUGUGUUUCGCAAAGAGCCUAUGUUUCGGGACUCACUGGAGGAGUUUGAUGAAUCCCGUUCGGUCGUAGAUGAAUUAGUUCGGGAGUACCAGGCAGCUGCUACACCUGAUUAUGUCCAUUGGAAUCCAGGUUGGAAUCAAGUUACCCUGAAUGGGGCAUGGUGCAGACAUUCCUUUCAUAGAAACAAAUUUAUUAUCAGUUUAAUACACGUUUUUCUUUACCUAAGGCAUGGCGGUUUCCUCUGGAUAUAUAACACAGAAAGAAAUUUCCAAUUUAGAACACACAACCUCAGUCAAUACUAUCAUCCAACUAAAUUACUAAUAUCUCUACUUCCAAGACAACUGUAG